GAAUUAAAGGUAACCUGUAUUAGCGAUGCGUUCAGAUCAAAGAGACCCAAGAGGCAAUAAAUGGAAUUGGAACUGGCUUAUUAUUAUCACGUGUACUGGAUACAGUUGAAAGCUUAUUGUUUGCAUUGCCAUCCAGACAGAUCCUUUCAUACCUAAGUACUUAUUGCAUACAUAAGGUAGUAAAAAGGAAAAAAAAAAUAUACUGUUACAGUUCCAGUGAAAGGGCAGUGCAGGUAGACAAAUAAAGUGCAAGGGCCACCAUGGGGUAGGUUGGGAGAUCAAGAGUUCAUCUUUUAGCGUAUAAAGAGUCUGAUAGCAGCUGCGUAGAAGCUGCCCUUGAACCUGGUGGGACCUUUUCUCAAGCUUUUGUGUCUUCUGCCUGACAGGAGAAUGGUAAGGGCAGGAGGAGUCCUUGAUUAUGUCGGCUGCUUUGCCGAGGCAGCGGGUAGUGUAGACAGAAGGGAAGUAUCCUCUGAGUCACCUGAGAGAGGGGAGGCUAGUUUGCGUGAUGAACUGGGCUGUAUUCACAACUCUGCAGUCUUUUUUUGCGGUUUUGAGCAGAGCAGUUGCCAUACCAAACAAUGAUGCAUCCGGAUAGGAUGUCGAAGACCUGGGCUUUAAAGGAUUUUGUGUUUAUUUCCACUUGAAUGUAAAGAAAUGUACGUCCGCUCGCACUGACAUCGGCGCUCCGAGGACGUUCCCGAACUUUUGCAGCUGGGAAGGGGGUUAGUAUUUGGCAACAGUUUGCGCUCCCGGGCAUGGGAUCGACGCUGCCCGGAAAGACGUGAGUGUGACAGGAGUGACUAAGCGGCAUCAGGCAUCUUGUUAGAUAUAUGGCAUCGACUGUGAUGUAAGUUGCUGGGAAUCUGGCUCCCCUCCCUCAGGAGUCACCUGUGGCUUCUUUAACGAAACGACCACAGACUCCUGUGCGCAUGCACUGCUGUUUGGAUCCCUCCACUUCUUCUGGCAGCUGGUUGGCUUCUGGGUGUGGAUGAAGGAGAGAGGUUGGAGCUUUGGAACUACGGGCUUGCAGCAUCUUCCCCGAGUGCCUUCAGCUCAGGACAGAAGUUCUGCUGCAGGGAAAUGGCAGCUUCACCUACUAAGUCAACAUGCCCCUCGAAAAAGAGAGUGAAGAUCCACCCAAACACAGUGACUGUGAAAUAUACAGCACAUUAUCCGCAACCUGAAGAAGAAGGCUACGAAGACACCUAUCAAGAUAUUGAAAAUUAUGCAGAAGACAAUCCCAAAAAAAAACUUCUGAGUGAUACUAAAAAACGAGGAAGGUCAUUCUUUGGGGCAAUUAAUGUUCGUCAGAGUUUAUCAGAUGAGCAGAAAGAUAAAGGCAUGGUGCAGCAAACAGAAAAUGCUGGAGAGAGUAUAGUUUCAGCUCCAAGGAUAACCUGGAUUGCUCUGUUUGGGGCUGCCUUGGCCCAUGGUUGUGUUGCAUUAAUAACUAGACUUGCCGCUGAUCGGUCCAAAGUACCAUCUCUGGAACUCCUGUUCAUUCGUUCUGUACUCCAGAUCUUCGCUGUUGUAGUUGUGUGCUAUGGCAGUGAGCAUCCUCUUGGACCCAAAGGAUACAGGAUGCGUCUUUUUCUUUACGGGGUGUGCAAUGUCAUUUCCAUCACCUGUGCUUACACAUCCUUUUCAAUUGUACCCCCAAGCAAUGGGACCAUCAUGUGGAGAGCCACCACUACAGUCUUCAGUGCCAUUCUGGCCUUUCUACUGGUGGAUGAACGGUUGGACUACACUGAUGUUGUAACAGUGGUCUGCAGUGUAUUUGGUCUUUGUCUAGUGAUGAUCCCCAAUAUUGUUGAUGAAGAUGAUUUAUUGAUGGGCAGAUGGAAGGAAGCCUUUGGUUAUACCAUGACAGUAAUGGCAGGGUUGACCACUGCUCUGUCCAUGAUCAUUUACAGAGCGAUCAAGGAGAAGGUUAGUAUGUGGACUGCCCUUUUCACCUUUGGAUGGACAGGUACAGUGUGGGGUGUGUCCACAAUGUUUAUCUUGCAAGAGCCUAUUAUACCAUUGGAUGGGGAAACCUGGGGAUAUCUAUUAGGGAUCUGUAUCUGUUCUACUGUGGCAUUCUUAGGUGUAUAUUAUGCAUUGAAUCGAUUCCACCCAGCAUUAGUUAGCACGGUUCAACAUUUAGAAAUUGUUGUGGCCAUGAUUCUCCAGUUGCUAGUCCUCCAUAUGUUUCCAUCUGUGUACGACCUUAUUGGUGGAUCAAUAAUUAUCUUCAGUGUCUUUGCACUGACUGGUUACAAGCUUUACUGGGUUAAUUGGAAUAAGAGGCAGGAUUACUUGGAGAUAAUAAAUUCCCCCAUCAAAUGAAUGUUGUCAAUGUUGUGAAUAAUUGGGGAAUUAAAUGCAAGCAAGCUGCUUUAUGAGUGUCAACUGUGCAAUGUUCUUUCAUAUUGUGUUGUCAGAAGAUGGUCUACUGGUGUUACAUUCUCAGUGUUGUGUGGAAUAAAAUGUGCAGCGGAUAA